AUGACUGUCCAGCCAGAAUCCCCAGUGGUCAAGUUCGAGGCCUCCCCGGCCGAGUCGUUCCUGUCGGUGCCCGGUGACAAUUACCCAUCGCUCUUCGCUCCCAGCACUCCAACAUCAACCAUCAAUCCCCUUGAUGUGAUGACUCCCAAGUCCUUCUCGGAAGACAGGCAGACCCCUCAGUUGCCUGCCGUCUCGGAAGAAAACGCGGCCACACCUGGCGCCGAGAAUAUCCCGGCAUCAUCAGAGAAGAAGCCGACCAAGAAGAGAAAAUCAUGGGGUCAAGUCCUACCAGAACCCAAAACUAACCUUCCUCCGAGGAAACGAGCCAAAACGGAAGACGAGAAGGAGCAGCGCCGUGUCGAGCGUGUUCUUCGGAAUCGCCGCGCUGCCCAGUCUUCGCGAGAGCGCAAGCGCCUUGAGGUCGAGGCACUAGAGCAUCGCAACAAGGAGCUCGAGGAGAUGCUCCUCAACGCACAAAAGGCCAAUCUCAUACUGGUGGAGGAGUUGAAUCGGCUCAGACGUGAAUCUGGCGUUGUCACUCCAUCGUCUUCGCCCUUCAAUUCCCAUCUCCGUGACGCUCUGUCACUAUCACAGGAGCUUUUCAGCUCACAAGAUGGGCAUGACCCCUCCACGGACCCGGCCGCCAAUUUGGUAGACCAACUCAUCAAGUCGACUGCAAACCCUACUGUUAAUCCAGCUUCACUGUCUCCUGAGCUGUCACCUGUUCCCGAAGGGCCCAAAACCGAUGAAGCCUCAACGGAGGCGCAGUCUGAUGAACAGAACCUGGCCACCUCUCCCGACCUGACACAACAUCCUGCUGAGAUGUUGUCGGACCUGCAGUGUCACAAGUCGGCGAAGAAUGAUACUUCUAGCAGCCUCGGCGACUCUUUCCGCCUGCCAGAGACCCUUGACACAGAUCGCCAUGUCCUCCAAAGCCACCUUCUCGCUUCUCCCAUCUCCUCAACUAUUGACGACCAUUAUCUGGCUGGUGACUCUCCCAUCUCGGAACAAGAAGACCUCGACUUCAACAUUGACGACUUUCUCAACGACGAGGCCAACCAUGUUGCCUCUGACAUUAUGGCAGCGAGCGACUUUGCCGCUGCGGACCACGGCUUCGAGUCCAAAGUCCACGAACUUGAGAUUCAAGUCCCUUAA